GUCCGGAGUACAUCAUGAACGUCAAGCAGAGCGACACCAGACUCUUGGACUUUUGUUGGGGUACAGGUGGAACUGUUCAUGACUCUCACGUCAUGUUUGGGCAUCUGCUCUACGAAUCAGUGAGGCUCGUUGAAUCUGGAUGCCGCGUCAGCUUUGAGCCUGCCCCGGCUCGUGUACAGGUCCAGCACGUCAUCAACUUUACGGAAGGGCCAUCAAGGGACGAUGUGGACAAGCACUGGAAAGAUCAAAUCCCUGAGUUCGUUCAACGAAUUGCUCCUCAGCCGGAGAAGAAGUUCGACAACAAAGACGAAGGGAUGUUUCUUCUCGAUGCGGCCCUGGAGUCCCCGACUAUCUUUCGAUUCCGGGGCGACUGGCGCAGGCCUGCCUUGUUGCGAAUCUGCACCAAAGCGAGGAGGACCUUGAAACAGUUUUGCCAAGUCGUGUGCCUGGGCUACCCGUCUUUCAACUGGACGACGGUGAGAUACAUCCAUCUCUCAGACCUCGCAAUACAGGCAGCCACAUCGCUGUUUCUGCUGUUCAGCAUCUCGACGUUGCGCGAUGAGGCACCAGAGUGGUGUGCCAACUUGCCCUGGUUCGCAUUGGCAGGUCUUCCAUUCGUAACGGCCACCGUCAUUAUGAGGCUGUGUGAGGUGGUCGGCAACAAGAUGAGGGAGCCUUGGGAACUCUACACCGAGGCUGUGGAGCUCAUCUUGGCAGUGGCUACCAUGGCCCUGUUCAUCGUCUUCAUGAUCCCGCCCAGCAGCGGUGCACUAACCUGCACGGAUCGCGGGGUGGUUGAUCACCUGUCCAUGCGGGCGGCCAUAAUUGUGACAAGCUCCCUGCGGCUGAUGCAUAACAUUGACAUGUUGAGGCUCGCGUUCUCAGAGGUGAACAUGAUCGUGACGCCUAUCAUCUCAGCGUUAGCUCGGUCACUUCCGUUCUGCCUAGCAGUGAUCUACUUCGCUUUCAUCAUGUGGCAAGCCUACUGGACCUUGGACGUGGAAGAGUGGCAAAAUGGCUGGAAGGCAGUCAUCAUCGCGUGGCGGUUUGCCGUCUUGGGUGACUUCGAAGUGGACGAACUCGAGGGUCAAGAAGGCACCUGGCACCAGGAUGGCGAUGGAUCAAUGUGGACAUAUGAGGAUCCAGAUCUGACUGACAAUUCGACAUUGGUCCGAGGAGUCUUCAUUGUACUUUGCGGAAUGAUGUUCCCAGUCCUCAUCAUGAACAUCCUGAUCUCGGUUCUCAGUGUUUGGCUCGAUUUCGCAAUCACGAAUGCCAUCGUCCAAGCUGCUGAAAUACCAGGUUGCAGCUUCUUCGGGCGGCUGAAGUUGACCUCAGCUGGUUCUUGGCAGGGAGCGUGGGAAUCAGGUUCCCUACAUUAUCCAUAA